UUGUAAAGGGUUCUGUGGGAAUAAGCUCUGCCGCUGCCGGAAAGGUAAACUCGGCUGUGGAGACAACUGCCACUGUGAUCCAGCGAAGUGCCGAAACAUGGAGCUGUCCACCAGUGUGGAUGUGUCCUGCAGUGAUGAGCAAUCGAAAAAUUCAGAGGGCUCCUUUAAAGUGGAUGAUCCUACUGCUGUCAGCCCAGGAGACUCUACCUUCUUCAAACCUCCUUCUGUCACUCCAACCAAGAAGGUGCUUCAGGAGAUUGGAGACGUUGGGCAGAUCUCACAAAACAUUAAACUUGAAAGGAAGCCCUCAGUGGUGGGUGAUGAUGCCUUUGAUAACAGCACAGCCAGCAUCCUAAAGAGAAAAAAACGAGCACUAAACAGCACCAACAGCUUCUUCUCAGGGUGCACCCCCAUUCGAGAAGAGAACUGACUUUACUUUCUGUAACUAUGUAUCCGAGUGAUCCUCGGCUUAGCUGUGUGUCUCCUGUCUCUCUCUCUCCUCUCUCUCGUCUGUCUUUUAUAAUUGUCUUUA